AUUUAAAGCUCCUUCUGUGUUUAAUGUUCGUCACAUAGGAAGACGCCAGAGUGACAACACUGACCUUUACUGACUCUCAACUGUUAGAGACUUAACUAAACUACAGAAUUUAAUUAUGAAUGAUGGUUAAAUAUAGCACUGAUUACAUUUCACUUCAUAUUUUAUUGUAUGGUCAGGAUCUGCAAAUCACCACAAUGAACACCAGUGGGCCUGUGGAAUAUUUCAUCCUCGAUGGACUGAAGGACAGAUAUGUGCUUCCCAUUUUCUUCACUGUCUAUGUUUCUAUUCUGAGUGGAAACAGCAUGAUCAUUUAUCUUGUUAGAACUGACCCCAAGCUCAACACUCCUAUGUAUUUUUUCCUUCAUAAUUUAUCCUUUUCUGAUAUUGUGUACACAUCAGUGACUAUUCCCAAAAUGCUGACAGUGUUGCUGACUGAGGUCAAGACCAUUUCCAAAACAGGAUGCUUUGUACAGAUGUACUUUGUUCUCUCAACUGGAGUGACAGGGCGCGCUUUGCUGACCGUGAUGGCGUUUGAUCGGUAUGUAGCAAUUUGUAACCCCCUUCGGUACAUGACUAUCAUGACCAGGCGGCUCUGUAUUCUAUUGAUAUUUGCUUCUUGGGGUUUUGGGGUCGUUAUAGUGCUGCCUUCAGCUAUUUGGGCAACUCAGCUGCCUUACUGUGGGCCUAAUAUCGUUAGGCACAUGUUCUGUGAUCACUCUUCAGUAGUGAGUCUUGCCUGUGUUGACACCACCAGGAAUGGUAUUUUGUCCCUAACAAAUGCCCUCAUUGCACUUCUCAGUACAUUCCUUUUCAUCUUAAUUUCAUAUGUCUGUAUUGGCAAAGCUAUGAGAAAAAUGAGCAAGGCACAGCAGCUCAAAGUUGCGGCCACUUUUGUGUCCCACCUGAUAGUGGUGUGUAUCUCAUAUGUUUCAGCCACCUUUGUGUAUAUCUCAUAUCGAGUUGCUAGAUUUGACCCAGAUGUUCGCAUAGUCAUUGCUGUGCUGUACUCUGUGCUCACACCCCUGCUGAACCCCAUCAUUUACAGCUUGAGGAAUAAAGAACUGCAAGAUGCAAUGAAGAGAGCGUUUUGUAGAUGCACUGUUACUUUUAAAACCUCCAGGAAAACAGUUUCUUCUGUUGCUUAGAAUUUGCAUAAAUCUGUUCAUUUUGAAAACAAUUCAAUUUCAUCUGUUAAAAGGUAUGAAUAUGUGUGGAACAAAAAAGAUUCAGUUAGUUACAAUGUAUGAGAAUGAAGCAAAUUUGAUUUAUUGAUGAUACAUAUAUAAACCUGGUUAUUGUGUAGUUAAAACAUUCAGUUGAUUAUUACAGUUACAGAAAUCUGAAAAUUUCUUUCACUCCAUUGUAUUUUCAGUUGUGCAAGAAAUCAGCAGAUCAAUUUGUAAUGAUAUUAUAAUUUUGUUUGAUUGCUUGUUUUUCCAUGUAAGAUACUAUAUUUUUAUCCAUUACUCGAAUCAUAAAAAUUGUCAAAGUGAUUUCAGAUUAUCAUUUCUAAUAUGUUUUAGGAUUGUUAAAACUGUAUGCUUCAUUUGGAAACAACUGUUUUGUAAUGUUCAUAUCAUGAGGAAAUAUUACAUUUAAAAAUAUACCAUUUAAAAAAAUCGCAAUUCCAUUUUUAUUUCAAAUGAUCUCUGAAUCUCUGAAGGCCAAUUCACAUUGCACAGUCAAACGCCAACAAACACAAUCAACCAAGUUGGCAGUUGGAUUUAGAAAUUUAUGAAAAAUAACUAUCAUGUUCACACAGCCCCAACAGACCCCAACAAACACUGAUUGAACAUGUUCAAUCAGGUGAAAACAAACUCCAACCAACUCCAACAGAUGCCAAGAGGGGUAACACACUGAUCAGACAAAACCCAACAAAUGUAUUUGUUGGUGUUUGUCUGUGCGGUGUGAAUUGGCCUUUAACUGUGGACAGUGACAUGAGGAUAGAAGAUUAUGAUAAAGAUAUAACAUGAAAUUGCAUCACUCUCUUCUUUCUUUACAAGCUGCCACACAUACAGUUUAAGCAAGAUUAAACCACCAAUACAGAAAGAAUAAACAAACUCUUUUCAAGCAUUAUAAGUAAGUUGAUAGUUGAACAACAAACAACUAAUGAAACAACAAAUUUUUACACUG